AUUCUCCCCUUUUCCAGUGUAAACUCGCCUGUCGCACACUGCAAAGGAAGCUAAAGACAGUUUUAUAAGCUUCUUUACUUCCAUAACCCACAUGGAAUAUACGGAAGGGUGCGAAUCGGCCGGGAAGUGAGAGUAGUGUGUCUGUGUGUAGUUUAUGAAUCAAGUACUUGUCCAAACAAACACAUCUCCAAGGAUCAGCUUUAUGGAAUUUGGGGGAAAUGCCUAUGUCUGUUUUGAAAACUAUGAAUUUCCCACAGAAACUGAGAGAGAUAAAGUUUCUUGGAAUCCAGUAAGGGUGUUUUGCCAUCAUUACAAGCUCCUUUAGUCACAAAGAAGUCAAGUCUCAUGCAGCGGGUAGAAGUAGAAUGACGUCUACAAAGAUAUUUUCUCUACUGUGUCCAAAAUCAGAACUUCAGCUUCAUGUAACUCUCCAGUGUGGUCAGUCAUUCCGGUGGCGAGAAAUCAGCCCAGGGAAGUGGCAAGGAGUCAUAGGGCAUAAGGUGUGGACCCUCACCCAAGAUGAGUCUCACAUACAUUACUCCACUUACCCAAAGACAAGUGAUGAUGAAGUAUGCACCAACCCAAAAGCAAAACAAAAGACAAAGAGAACAAAUAAAAUAGAUGUUGGACAAGAGAAAUCAGAAGCUGUACUUAAAGAUUAUUUUCGAUUAGAUUUUUCCCUUGAAAAGUUGUACAGUGACUGGAAAAAGGCAGAUUUGAAUUUUAGAUUGCUGUGCCAUGAAUUUGCAGGUGUUCGCAUGCUGAAUCAAGACCCAGUUGAAAAUGUAUUCUCAUUUAUUUGUUCUUCAAACAAUAACAUCAAAAGAAUUUCCAUGCUUGUGGAGCGACUGUGUCAGCUGUAUGGCACAAAGAUUAGCACCCUUGAUGGCACUACCUGGCACUCCUUUCCGACAGUAUCUUCACUGGCAGCUGAAGGGGUGGAAGAGACACUUCGGGCACAAGGCUUUGGUUACAGAGCCAAAUUCAUCCACAAAUCUGCUCAGAUGAUAAUGGAGAGAGGGGGUGAGGCUUGGCUUCACUCUCUGAGAUCAUUGUCAUAUGAAGAUUGUCAUGCUGAGUUGAUGAGCCUCCAUGGUAUCGGUGCAAAAGUGAGUGACUGUAUCUGCCUGAUGUCCAUGGGCCACCUGAGUGCCAUCCCGGUAGACACACAUGUGUUCCAGAUCGCAGCAAAGGACUACUUGCCUCACCUACGUUCCUGCAAAACUCUCACACAGAAAGUGUACUGUGAAAUAGGUGAUCAUUUUCGCAAGGUGUUUGGUGAAUAUGCUGGAUGGGCACAUUCUGUCUUGUUUAGUGCAGAUCUGAAGAGAUUUGAAAACUUGAAGUCUCAAGGUAAUCAUCCAUCACAAGAUAAGCAGGCAAAAAGGCAGAAGAUCAAACAUAAUUGUGCAAAAUAGAGGCUGAUGUGAUUACUGUACAAUCCAGCCUUCAUUUGAACAGUGCUAAGUAUAUUUCAGGAAUGAGAAAAAGUCAGCUUGUACUGGACCACUGCCAUAUGCAUUACAUAAUCAUAUUCCUCAUGAACAGUACAAAUAUGGUGUGUACUUGUAUGUAUCAAGACACAUUCAUAAUACUUAUAUGGUUAAUCCUUUGAUUGCUAGUAACACACUUAUUACUUCUUUUGAAUUACUUCAGAAAAUAAAACAAAAGGAACUAGAAGAUUUGAACUGCUCCAUCAUUCAUUCCUUGUGGUAUUGGUGGUGUCUCUUGAUACUAUACUUCUAAUUUGCAACAUUUUAUUUAAUUUGAGGAAAUAUCAUAGCAAUUUAAGAGUUAGUAACUUGUGAAAUAUCAUGGAACUGCUAGAUGUGAGUGCAUUUGGCAGUAUCAGGCAUAAAAGUUGGACUUAAGAAUGACAAAAAGCUCUCAGUCAAUAGUUAUGAUAACAAACAUAUUUUAUCUACUGAUCAUUAUAUUUCUCAUUAUGCCUUUAUUUUGAGAGAAUAGUUGUAAAACAUUUAUUUUUAUUUAAGUUAAUUAUAGAAUCUUGUUAGGUGAAUCUUCAUGACUUUUUUCAGAAAAUUGGUUGUGGAUGUUCAGUGAUCAUAAGUCAGAGUAAUGAGAACAGGAAUGAUUAUAAAUAGUUGCUGAAAUAUCUGAAGACUGUAAUUUAAGGAAGAUCAAUAAAUGGAACUUUUUAAAGA